UUUGAUAUCGCCAAGCACAUUGACCAAAUGGUGCAUGCGAUCCUUCACACGAUCGGACUCUCGCGCGGCCACAUCGACGAAGACGACCAUGGCAUCUACGUCUUCUCCGACGUCACGUUCGAGUACGCGUCGCAGGUGCAGUGGACGGUGCCCGACCUCAGCUUUGAGCUCACGCAUCCCAGCACGAACGAAACCUUGCUGCGCGUCGGGUUCUAUGGGUUCACGCUGGGUGGUGGCACGACACACAUUGCAACGUACACGUACCUCGGGCACACCGACACGGCGCCGCUCGAGGCCGUGCUGCAGUCAUACCUCGGUGGGUCGAACGUCUCGCUGGCCAUUGUCGGCGGCCACCCGCAGUCGCACUGCCUCGCGCAGCAGCUCUUCAACCGCAUGUCGUUUCCGAUCGAGAUUCCUGGCACGAUUGACGGCCAGCCCGCUUUUUUACGCAAGUACGAGCUCAACCCGACGCUCAAGAAACUCGACUCGGAGACGCACACGUGCGAGCUCCGCCUCGAUGUCGACCUCCAGAUCCACAACCCACUCCCGAUCGAGCUCGAUCUGGUGCACUUGCAGUUUGACAUUUUGUACCACAACACGUCGGCGCCAAAGCUGCCGUGGAAAGAUCUCGCCACCGCGAUCGACAACACAGCGGUCGCGUGGCCGGCCCAGGGCGUCAACAACGUCUCGUUCCCGAUCCUCGUUACGUCGUUUGAGGUCUGCGAAGACCUCAUCGUGCUCUACCUCAGCGACCAGCUCGCCUUUUCGCUCCACCACGGCAACCUCUCGAUCGCACUUGGCGGCGGCAGUGCGUUUGACAUUCCGUUCACC